AUGGAUGGAGACCUUUCAGAUGGACUGUCCCCUCAUAGGUCCCCCCGGGAGAAGGGCUCAGAGACCCGCAUCAGGAGACCCAUGAAUGCCUUCAUGGUUUGGGCAAAGGAUGAGAGGAAGAGGCUGGCAGUGCAGAACCCCGACCUCCACAAUGCGGAGCUCAGCAAGAUGCUGGGAAAAUCCUGGAAGGCCUUGUCUGCAUCCCAGAAGAAGCCCUAUGUGGAGGAGGCCGAGAGGUUGAGAGUCCAGCACAUGCAGGACUACCCCAACUACAAGUACAGACCCAGAAGGAAGAAGCAGAUCAAGAGGAUCUGUAAGAGGGUGGACACUGGCUUUCUGCUCAGCAGCCUCUCCAGGGACCAGAACUCUGUGCCAGACAGCAGAAGCUGCAGGACAACUGGAGAUAAAGAGGACAGUGGGGUCUACUCUUCUGGACCAGCUCUGCAGGAUAUCAGAAGUUACAGGGAUUCCCAGAACAGUGUCAGCAAACAUGAACAGACCUAUCCUUAUGGCCUCCCGACCCCACCAGAGAUGUCCCCUUUGGAGGUCAUUGACCAAGAGCAGAGCUUCUACCCUUCUUCAUGCCCUGAGGACCACCACCCUCACCUGAAUGCCACCAGCUAUCCACCUGAAUACUCCAGAAGCCCCAUCCUGUGCAGUCACCUGAGCCAAAUGCCUGGACCACCAAUGAUCCCCCCCAACUGCCCCCCAAGCUACUUCAGCUCCAGCUAUCCUUCUAUGCACCAUCAUAGCUACCAGAUUCAUGGCCACCUUGGCCAGCUGUCUCCUCCACCUGAUCACCCCCACUAUGACAGCAUUGAGCACAUCAGUCAGGCUGAACUCCUGGAGGACAUGGACAGGAAUGAGUUUGACCAGUAUCUAAACACCUCCAUAGUGGAGCCCAGUGAAAUGACAGUGAGUGCCCAUGUCCAGGUGUCCCAGUCUAUAGACCUCCAGCCACCACAAGAGACCAGCCUUAUUUCUGUGCUGGCAGAUGCCACUGCCACCUACUACAACAGCUAUAGCGUCUCCUAG